CGGUCCGUCGGCACAGUUCAAUUCGGCUUUCCUGACUUGACAGCUGUCACUGCACGCCGAGGUCAAGGGGAAAGAAGCAUGGCUGCGUUGUUUAGAGGGUCGCGAAAUGCAUUGUUACGUUGGACUAAACACGUCGACAUUGCUUUCGCGUCAACGCGAUCGAUGGCCUCCAAGACCCCGGUGGGGUUUGUUGGCCUGGGCAAUAUGGGCAGCCCCAUGGCCAAAAACCUCUUGAGAAACGGUUAUCCUGUCAUUGCCACCGACGUCUUCCCCGAGUCUUGCAAGGAGCUGCAGGACAUCGGUGCUCAGGUGGUAGACUCUCCCGCGGAGGUGGCAGAGAGAGCAGACCGCAUUCUCACAAUGCUGCCCUCCAGUCCCAACGUCAUCGAAGUCUACACGGGUCCAAAUGGCAUCCUCAAGAAGGUGAAGAAGGGAACGCUGUUGAUCGACUCCUCCACCAUCGACCCCGCCGUCUCAAGAGAGAUGGCAGCAGCUGCAGAGAAGAUGGGCGCCGUGUUCAUGGACGCUCCGGUGUCGGGAGGUGUCGGGGCUGCCAGCUUGGCCAAGUUGACCUUCAUGGUGGGGGGGGUGGAGGAGGAAUACAACGCUGCGCAGGAGCUGCUUACCUGCAUGGGAGCGAAUGUUGUCUACUGUGGACAGGUCGGCAAUGGACAGGCAGCGAAGAUCUGCAACAACAUGCUCCUGGCCAUCGGGAUGAUUGGCACCGCAGAGACCAUGAACCUUGGCAUCAGACUCGGUUUGGACCCCAAGCUGCUGGCGCAGGUCCUCAACAUGUCCUCAGGUCGUUGCUGGUCCAGCGACGUGUACAACCCGGUCCCCGGCGUCAUGGACGGCGUCCCCUCAGCCAACGGCUACCAGGGCGGCUUCGGAACCACGCUGAUGGCCAAGGAUCUUGGUUUGGCUCAAAACACUGCGACUAACACUAAGACACCCAUCCCUCUGGGUUCCCUCGCCCACCAGAUCUUCAGAGUCAUGUGCUCCCGCGGCUACGCUAACAAGGACUUCUCCUCCGUCUUCCAAUUCCUGCGCGAGGAGGAAGGCCAGUGAAUGGAGGGGGGGGGGGGGGGAAGCACAGUUGACUGAUGUUACCGUACAUAAACACACACUUGCACACACACACACACACACACACACGAGUGCCCCUUAUCCCGCUAUGCUCAGGAGAGACUAAGGCCCUGCCCUCAGGCACAGAGCGGCAGUUCCAAUUAACAUACUGUAUGUCGGCACGUGUUCCCCGGUAGCCUUAGCCGAAUCGUCUGCAUGGCGGACAUGCAAAGAAUGACCUCAGAUCAGUAUCUAGAGACAAAGAAACUCUCUUCCCACUCUGCAAGGAGAGGCCUGAGUGGGGGGGGGGGGGGAAGACGCGAGGCUGGAAGAGGCACGGGGUGGUUUCCACGUACCAGGUGGAGAUUAUGUGGGUUUUCACGUUGACGGCUCUAGGUGUGCUUUGGUCGGGUUCUUGCUUAUGGACCGCUGCCCAAAUGGCUGGCCCGUCAAUGACGGGACCGAAAAGAAAACGUAAGGUACAGAAAGAGCAGAAUUUAGGUUCCUUUUAAUCCUUUUCACUUCUGGAGGAAAUCUUCUCAGCCCUACGUGGAGGGUGACCAAAGCCAGCCACUCGUUUUGUUACAUUUCUUUUAUAUUUGGGGAAAAAAGGGGUGUCGUGCAAUCGUGAAAUGACCACUUGAACUCGUUUGAAUACUGUGAUUAUGUACCUGGUUAUUUUUGCACUGUGUGUGUGUGCGCAUUGGAACGCAAUGUGCCGGGCCAUUUUGAUACAGUUACACAAUCUCAUUGACCGAACCUCUCUUUGAUGUCUACAUCUGCUCUUUGAGCCACUAGAGUAUUAUUUUUUUGACCAACACUGUUUGAAUUUUAUACUGUUGACUACAAAAUGUGGUUCUCAUCCUCGAGCACUCGGUUCCCUGUUUUGACUUGAACUGAAGUCCAUCCUCACACGUUUCUUCUGUCGCCACCUCUUUACUUGUACUACACGUAUGUAAGUGAGGAACGUUCCUCUCGGCUCUGAACAAAUGUACAUAAUGUAUAUUACGUAUUGUUGGAUAGUGAUGAAGAGAAACCUGGACUGUCAUGUUUUGUAGUAAAAUGUAUUAAUAGUGGUUACAGUUUGUCUUUGCUCUGUGAAGCAGGUCUUCAGUCACACUGCAGCCUGAAAAUAAAAGAUCUGCCGUGUA